AUGCUCCCUAGAGCCAAGUUUGAACCUGGUCACACGCAAGUCAGUACACAUAUCCUCCGUCUUCGUAGCAAGCUUGUUGUUCCUGUGUUGUUGGGAGAUUCAAUACCGCGCCCAGAUCAAUCCGAUGAAGAAUACGAAUUGCAUGGUCGAGCAAUGAUGAUGUUGUUCAAACCAUGGCGAAAUCUGAAGGGCCUGAAGGGAGACAAUGAUAAUUGGGCAACCGCAUUUGAGAAAGAAACUUUUCCGCCAAAUCUGUCCGUGAUCAUCCAGAAUAUGAACGUUGAGAAUGAAUGCAAGGAUGCUCGAGACGCCCACGCUGCGGUAGCACGA